AUGGCGAAUGUCGACCAGAAAUCAUUUCUGGGCUCUUUUUCUCCAUGGAGCACCCAAAAGAGCUCUGCGCCUCAUUUAGAUCGACCGGAAUUAGAUGCCCUCCAGCGCUCGCAGGGUGAAGACCACACGGUAACUCAUCGACACAGGCCGAGCCUGCGCCAUUACCCCCCGGAUUGCCCACCACUGAAAGUGAGAUGGUUCUAUGCAGUAGAUUCGCCAAAGCGUAAGCCUGUACUUCUUGACCCGAAGAAAGCCGACCAGAAACCCCCGCCUCCCCCGAAGAAGUUCAUCCCUUUCUCAUUGAAAGACUCUCAGUCCAUUGAGACAACAUACCUCGCGUUGUCAGAGGCUGAAGACUCCAGAGAGAACCCUCAAGCCCAGUCCAUACCCCAAAGUUCAGUAUCGAAAAAGGUACCCGUAAAUGAGGACUAUCUGUUUGAUGUGGACGUGGAAGAUCGUGAGCUAGGCCCGGCUUAUUGGAUUGGCCCCAUCUAUGAAGUUCGACGGGGGACGUGGUUCUUUCAGGAUGGUUCGAGCUUGAAGCCAUGUGAAGAGAAUCUUGCAACCCAGUUAGAAGAAGGUUAUCUGAAAUUACGCCCUUGGCGAACGGACGCGGAGACUAAAUCAUCCGAGCCGAGCCCUAGAGACCGAAACACUGGACUUGACGGGGAAACGAACGCUCGGGAUUCCCAGCUAGAUCUAGGCAUACCUAGCAGGCAAGAAGCAUCCAAGUCAAGUUCUCAGACCGUGGGAAACGAUUCAUCCUCUGGUGCUACCUCUGAUCCCCAACAGUACCGCCUCUUCGGGGCCUACAUGAAUAGGAUUGUUGUCUACCAGGAUUCUUCUACGGCCUGGAUCAACACCGACGACUUUAUGUCCCGCGUUAGCACCACAGUCUACCAAAGGCUAGGUGGUGUCCCUGGCACGAAAGUCGUGCGUGGCUUGGUGGAACCCAAACGAGCGAAAGAUACAUCAGAUUUUCGGGGCCAAGAUCGAAAGCCCACCGAAAAGAUUGUCAGUGGCACUAGCUCUAGACCUCCGGUCACAAACCUUGCUGAAGAUAUCGGGCAAGAUUCCCUGGGGGCGCCAACUAUGCAAGCUAAGGUUGAAUCUGAACCCUUUGAAAUGCGGCCCAAGUCCACGUUGGAACGACAGAUGUCGUCUCUUGCAGGAGAGCUGCAAAAUCCAGCAGAACUGGAGGAACAAGCCCGCCGACAGGAAGAGCAGGAGAUGGAAGAUCUGAGAGAGGUCGAUGGUGAAGAUAGGGAACGAGAGGUCGAUCAUUUGGUCUUGGUGACUCAUGGCAUUGGCCAACGACUUGGAUUACGGCUGGAAAGUAUCAAUUUCAUCCAUGACGUGAAUGUUCUUCGGAAGACGCUCAAGGGAGUCUAUAAAGCCUCGCCUGAUCUUCAAGCGCUAAAUUCGGCGUUUGGUGACAGUGAUGGUAAUUGCCGUGUGCAAGUGCUUCCCGUGUGCUGGCGCCAUCUUCUGGAUUUUCCUUAUCGGGGGGUCCGACAAAACCGGAAGGAACUUGAUCUUACAGAUGCCGAUACGCUUGAGGAUGAUGCAUACCCCAGCUUGGCAGAUAUCACAUUGGAAAGUGUGCCUGCUGUGCGGAAUCUUAUCUCGGACCUGGCAAUGGAUGUACUGCUUUAUCAAAGUGGAUACUGUGAACACAUUUCCAAUAUUGUGAGGCAAGAAUGCAAUCGCAUCCUUCACCUCUAUAAGAAGCGCAAUCCCUCUUUUAAGGGAUCGGUCAGUCUUUGUGGCCAUUCUCUCGGAAGUGCAAUUUUAUUUGAUAUCUUAUGCCACCAACCCAGUGAUGUUGACGGCAGCAAAGAGAAAAACAUCAGAGCAGAAGGGAAUGAGAAUGUUCAAGAUCGAGGAAGUGGAGGAUCCAACGCUUUGGAUUUUGAAUGUGAAGAGUUUUUUUGCCUCGGUUCCCCCAUUGCGUUGUUUCAAAUGCUAAAAGGUAAAACCAUUGCCGGGUACUCCCCCUUGAGCGCAAAGGGCCACAAAAGUGCAUUGGACGGGGAGCUUGGAUCCAAUGCCUUUGGGUCAUUCAAGGGCUCCACGCGCGACUCAAAUGGAGCUGAUGGCACUGAUAACACCGCAAUUGAUUCCGCACCCAAAUGCCACGACCUUUACAACAUCUUUCAUCCAUCAGAUCCCGUGAGUUAUCGUAUCGAGCCCCUUGUCUCCCCGGCGAUGGCAAGCCUCAAGCCUCAGCCACUACCGUCGGUGAAGAAAAGUCUCUGGACAGCAUCAGGUCAAAGUCUGUCCAUUCUCAAAGAUCGCAUGGGCCAAAGUGUGGGUUCUCUCUGGAGCAAUUUCACAUCCGGCGUUGCGAGCAGCUUACUGAACCGACAUUUGGGCUUGCAUGCUGAUGAAAUCCCUGUCGCUGGAAAAUCGCCUGUGCCAGGGCAUAAGCGCAGCCAGUCCGGUGCCCCACAAGAACCUUCGCAGGAGUCCGAAGGCCAGGUCCAGACCUUGAUUGACCCCGACCUCGAAACUCUCUACGAUGGAUUUCAAAGGAGUCGCAAUAUUCAAAAGAAGGACUUGACAGGAACAUCGCAUGAAGAUUGUACUCGAAGCGAUCCUGAUGAACAAGAGCGAAAGAUGAAGUUUGAAGAUGCCAAAGUACGAUCACUGAACUCCAAUGGUCGCAUCGAUUAUAGUGUGCAAGAGUAA